AUGGCUUUCCGGUGGCCAGGAUCCCGCGUUGUGCAGACCCACGGUGAAUGCCAGCUGGCCAUCCACAUCAGGCUGGACCUGCGAGUACUACCGGCAGCAGGGCUUAUGUGGCAAGCUGAACGGCGAGGUCAAGGAAAUCCGACAGUCUGCAAGGGGGCCCUUUCACAACUGGCCCGAAAAGAAUUGCUGUGGCUGUGA